CGAGUGGUAUAUAAGCUGAACCAGAAGAUCCAUCCGGCAGUUCAACACACACACCGGUCCAACCAUGAACAAAUUGAUCGCUUGCGGCCUCCUCCUGGCCAUUUCCGCCAUCAACAUCUCCUCCGCUUACAACUUCGAAGACUCAGCUUACAAUGAAGUCUUGGCAAGGGAUUUGGAGGAGUUUGAAACGGAGACUGUAGCCGUCCAUCCAAGAGCCCGGCGCGACGAAGAAGCCGCAUCCGGAUCCUCCGACAAGUGCAAAAGGAAACGCUCGAAAUUCUGCUGCGCCGAAGAGACUCUGGAGAUGAUCCACGACAUGGAAAAACCGCUGAAGAAGGAAUGCUACAAGCAGAUUACUGGAAAGGACAAGCAUUCCGGAUACCACGGCCACAACGAUCCAUUCAAGUGCGACAAGGAUAAGGUCGAGAGACACAGGAGGGAAAUGACCUGUGUGAUGCAAUGCGUGGGACAAAAGAAGGAUGUGCUCGACGCUGAAGGUAACAUCAAGGAGGAGGCAAUCAAGACUCAGAUGAAGGAGAAGUUCGCUAAGGAAGAGUGGCUAGCACCAAAAUUGAAUGAGAUUUUGGAUAGAUGUAUUACUGAAGCUAAACAGGUACCUGUCAAGGUUGAAGCUGAAGGAAAGGAGGCCGCUUGCAAUACCACUGGUAUGAAGUUUGGACACUGCUUCUGGCGCGAAUUGCAAUUCUCCUGUCCGGCCGAUCAGAUUAAGGAUCAAAGGGCUUGCGAGAAGGUCAAGGAGAAGAUUAAGAACUACUCCGAUUCAUAUCCAUUCACCUCAAGAAACACCAUGGAAGAAGACUAAGCAUUUACAUUGAUCACAAUUUAUUAUUUAUGUAUCUCCUAUUUAUUUA